AAUGGCAGGAAUGUAGAGCGGCGGAUGAGAGCGUGUCUCUGAUUGGCUGCAGCUUCCCAGCGGCAUGUGUCCGAGGCAGGCUUUUGUAUAUAGCAGCCGCAGCUCGGCCCUUUAACAAUGGAUGGGGAGAGCCGUGUGAACUGAUGGUCUGAAGGAAGCGGCACCGCGGGGCUGAGCGAGCGAAGGGCACGAGAUGAUUCGGGGGUCUACGCGGCGAUCGGGAGUUGGAUACUGACUGACUGAGGUCGGACCCGGGGGAUUUCGAUUUUUUAUUGAACUUCGUUUUACAGACUUUUCCUGUCUGAUCUUCCAGGCAAUGGAGCUAGAAGGGAUGUGGUGGAAGGGCCAACUUGCGGCGGAUAUCCAUCAGACUCUUCGAUACAAAGAACUGAAACUUCCUUCCUACAAGGGCCAGUCUCCCCAGCUCAACCUGAGACGCUACUUUGCCGACUUGAUCGCCAUCGUCAGUAAUCGCUUUAAGCUCUGCCCCACUGCCCGACAUCUUGCUGUGUACCUGCUGGAUCUCUUUAUGGACCGAUAUGACAUAUCCAUCCAACAGCUGCAUAUCGUGGCCUUGUCCUGUUUACUUUUAGCAAGUAAAUUUGAAGACAAGGAAGACCGGGUGCCGAAGCUGGAGCAGCUCAACAGCCUGGGCUGUAUGACCAACAUGAACCUGGUGCUGACCAAACAGAACUUGCUACACAUGGAGCUUUUACUCCUGGAAACAUUUGAGUGGAACCUGUGUCUCCCCACACCCGCCCAUUUCAUUGAAUACUACUUGUCCAUUGCGGUUCAUGACACUGACCUCCAUGACGGCUGGCCUAUGAUUUGUCUGGAGAAGACGAAGAUUUAUAUGGCGAAAUAUGCAGACUACUUCUUGGAAGUAUCUUUGCAAGAUCACAUGUUUUUAAAGUACGUCCCGUCCUUGGUGGCUGCUGCUUCUGUAGCCGCAUCUAGAAUUAUCUUGCGGCUCUCCCCGUCCUGGCCAAUGAGGCUGCAUCGGCUCACCGUAUACGCUUGGGAUAUCCUUGUGCCUUGCAUUGAGAGAUUGUUAAUUGCACACGACAAUGAUGUUAAAGAAGCCAAUAAGCAUAAGAAUCAGCUGUCCCAUACUGCAGCACAAUGCCUCUUUCCUCCUGCAUCUCCAGCGCCCCCGCAAGCUCACGUUCAGCAGCACAUGCCUCAGUAUCUACAGUCGCAACAUCACCAGCUGCAGUUCCACCACUCGGCUCCUCAGCCGCAAAGCUGCCAACAGAUCGUAACAGCCGCCCAUCCAUCUGCUUUUCCACUGCAGACUUGUGCCUCCGUCAUCCCCGCUAGCAUUCAGGCUCGUGGCCACAUACAGACUACUGCAAGUGUCUCCUUAGCUGCCGUCCCAAUAGAAGUCAAGCCAUGCAUUGGGGUGUCUUACAACAGAAGCUACCAAGUGAAUGGACACUACUCGUGUUUAACGCAGUGCUUUGAUAGGUGAUGAGGCCUGCAAUGUGAACGUUCUAUAAAACCUCUGAAUUCUCACAGUCCUCCAAAAUUUUCAUCGGGCUUUAUUAUUUUGUCUUUUUUGUUUUUGGAAAGAUGGCAAUUACAUAUUGAGAUUUGUCCGAUAAAUAAGGAAAGCUCUCUGAGAAAGAAUUGUGGAAAAGCUUCCUCCGUCAAAACCACUUUCUUGCUGAAAAGCAGUCGCCUAAUCUUUUUUUUUUCUCCAGUUAACAUGGUGACCUUCGAGGAAAUCUGUCUUCUCUAAAGAUAUUUUUAUGAAGGAGACUUACAGUAUUAAUCAUUUGCGACGUGGAGUGUACAGGACUUCAGAUAUGGCCGUUGGCCGGUUUAACACAAUCUUUGACCACAAAAACCACUCGUACAUUUGAACUGUAGAUAGUCAUAUGGUGCUCAGCCAUUGGAAUUAUGGGUAACUAAUGUUCCUUAUGGUUCAGGUCUUAUUGAAACAGCUCAAGAAUUCCAUUAUACCUCAAAGGAUGCCAUGUUGGAAGAGCAAUAUUCCAUACUAACUCAGGGAAAUGAAAUAAUCAUCCAUGCUGCUGGUAUACUGUAUAUUAAAGCUAGGGUUAUACAGGUGUUCUAUUUUGGUUAUUGUUCGUCUAAUAUGCUGCUCGACAACCUAACUUGGAAUGUGUAACCUCAUCCGUCCAACUGAAAGUGUCCAUUACUUGUAAGGAACAUAUCAUUAUCUUAUGUCUUUCCUCAACACAAUCGUAAAUAUACUGGUAUUUGUAGAUUUAGCCGUAGCUGAUUGUAGGUAGGUGUAGAAUGUUAGUCGAAUUACAUGCCAAAUGAAACCGACCAAAACUGUUAGAAUUCCACUUUGGCAAAGUUUAAGACUGGAGUGGGUAUCCUGCAGGCUUCUGUAUGGAGAAUGAUGGCAGUUCUGUUGUUGGACGCAGAGGGAACUGCCGGGGUUUUUUGCUGCCUCUUAAAUACAUAAAAAAAGGUGUCUAUGUUCAAUUAAUCUGGUUCCAUAGGGUGUUUUAAAAUAUGGCCUAGAUAAUGGGACAAUUGAAUAUAUCCUUGAAAUCUGUUUAGCAUUCUCAGACUUCCUGUUCUGUUUUAUUAAGGCCCCAUACACGGGCCGAUCAAAGCUCCCGACAGACAGGGGUGGGGCUAUCCAACGGGCGUCCUCGGAUGAUAUAUGCCCCGAAAGUCAGCCAGAUGUCGAUCAGGCAGGGUAAAAAAUCCCAUCGGAUCAUGGCCGCAUUUGUUCAUUGAUGCAAUCCGACCGCCUGUAUCGCCUCCAUCCUGAUCCGAUAUCGCCCACCUCAAUGUGGGGAGAGAUCCGCUCGUUUGGCGACAUCUCCCCGUGUAUGGUCACCUUUAGACUUUUUUUUUUUUUUUUUUACAUAGUAAUAAGGUUUAUUUUCUCUCUAGCCUGCCAUUUGUCCUGUUUUGUGAGAUCAAUAUUUAUAGGGUGUCCUUAUCUUCACCCCCAAAAAUAGUGUUCUGUUGGGGAUUGUCGGAAAUUCUAGAGAUGGUUGGAAGGCAUAAUGUGUAUUAGCUUCCCAUUCCAGUAUCGUUCCAAUUCUCCUAAUAUAACUACCUCAUGAGAGCCAGGGUCCAAGUGUUGGUGCCUUGCACAUAAUGGCGUUUGCCAGUGCAGAAACCUCCGUAACACGAUAUUUCUAUUUGGCUGUGCACUGCUGGUUGCACAUAAGUGCCUAUAGUACCAAUGGGGAUUAUUCUAUCAUAGAAAGGAGUUCACACCUUAUCAGUGCUGCCCAUUUUAUUAUUAAACUACAAACCCAAGCACCUUCCACAGCCGAACGCUGGUCUGAAAGGCAAUGGUUUGGACUGUUACAUUCAUAUAAAUAACGAUACCUCAAAUCAGAUUAUGCCCCAGGUCCUGCCAUUAAUAGAGACAGCCCCGUACCUCGUGGUGAGAACAAUUCCUCCAUGUUUCAUAGGGUGCAACUUGAAACUACAGGUGAACGGCUGCUCGAAAACCUAUCCAAUAACACUAGCAGAAUAACCGUUUUCUACAUUUACUAACACUGGAUUAUUUUUUUUUAACUAAAAGGGAAGAAUUAUGGGAAGAUGUGAUUAACAUCUAUAUCUACAGCUACUGUACAUAUUUAAUUUUUGAUUACUUUUUAUUGUCAAAGGAUGCCAGGUUCAGUACACUACAGUUUUAUUAUUUAUUGUGUAGAAUCGCCUUCUGUUGUUUGUAAAGCGACAUAAUCCUGAUUAGAAACAGCCAAAGGUAUGUGCACUGUGAGCUCUUCUGGCGAUUGAGAAUAGACUCGAUCAUGUCUUAGGGAAAUCUCCUGUUUGAGCAGAGAAGCCAAACCGUUGUGGGCCGUGCAUCAGAAUGUAGAGAAACUGAUCCAAGUAUUUAACCACAACAAAGAAUUCUGGGUGAGUGCUAUGCACUUCAGUUUUUUUAAAUAAAACUUUUUCUUUGUUUAAA